GUCGGGGUGCCAGAUCCACGACUCGAUCAACUGGCAGAGCUCUUCUCCUCACAGCGAACUGUGCCUGGACAAGUGGAGAUUCGAGACAUUGCCGGCUUGAUCAAGGGUGCCAGCACCGGCGCGGGGAUGGGCAACGCCUUCCUCAGUCAGAUCCGGGGUGUGCAGGUGGUCUUCCAUGUAGUCCGCUGCUUCAGCGAUCAGAAGAUUGUGCACGUUGAG